AUGGAUGACUAUUUAGAUAAAGAUUCCAAAAUCCAGUUCCUUCAGAAGGCCAUCGAUGUGGUGGUGCUGGUGACAGGGGAGCCCCUGGCAGUGAGGCCAGUGCGUGUCGUGGCUGGACACGAGCCCGAGAAAACCAAUGAGUUCCUCCAGGCCAUUGGCAGGUGUUGUUUGAACAAGCUCUCCAGUGAUGCUGCUGUAAAAAGGGUCUUAGCUGGGGAAAGAGCUGAUCCUAAAGGGAAACCUCCAUCCUCCAAACCUCGAGAGAAAGAAAGCAGAGAGUCCAAACCAGAAGAACCAAAAAGCCAUAGGGAUAAAGAGAGCAGGAGGGACCCUGAAAUCAAAGACAGAAGCUCAAGCAGAGACAACAAACCCAAAGAGAGCAGAGAAAGAGAAAAGGAGGGUGAGAAACAGAAGGAUAAUAAAGAGAGGCACAAAGAACCAGAACAUGAGACCUCGAGGGAAGGAGAAAAACGAGAAAGGGAAAGAAGCAAAAAACCAACCAAACAAGGAAGAGAACCCGAAAAAAGCAAAGGAAAAGGAGACACAGAAGAUGAUCUGGAGCGUGAGAAAGGACAGGAAAAAGAGAAAAAACAUGAAGGAGGAAGAGAAAAGGACAGAGUGAAAGGAAGAGGCAAAGAGAAGGGCAGGGAC